GACUAUUCUUCUUCUUUCACAGUAAACGCACACAGUCACAGACAGUCAAACACGCAACUUCGCAAGUAAUAACUGGAAAAAUGGCAGUCCAAGAUCAGCAGUUUUUGUGGAAUGUUUUCAGCAAGGUUGACAAGGACAGAAGUGGAGCCAUUUCUGCCAAUGAACUACAACAAGCCUUGUCAAAUGGGACAUGGACACCGUUCAACCCUGAAACGGUCCGUAUGAUGAUUGGCAUGUUUGACAGAGACCAGAGUGGAAACAUAAGCUUUCAGGAGUUUGGCGCCUUAUGGAAGUACAUCACAGACUGGCAGAACACCUUCCGAAGCUACGACCGGGACAACUCAGGAACCAUCGAUCAAAGAGAACUACAGACUGCCGUUACAAGCUUUGGUUAUCGGCUUUCUGACCGUUUCUAUGGCAUUCUCAUCAGAAAGUUUGAUCGACAAGGAAAGGGGUGCAUUGCUUUUGACGACUUCAUCCAAUGUUGUAUCACUCUCCAGACUUUGACCAAUUCCUUCAGAGCCUUCGACACGAAUCGCAACGGAUGGAUAGAGAUUGGCUAUGAGCAGUUUCUUAACCUUGUCUUCUCACUCAAAGCCUGAGAACUUCAACCCUGCAAAAAUGGACACAACUAGAGCUGCGUGUUAACUCAACAACUUCAACUUCACAUUAUUAUUCCAAACAUUGUAUGCAAAGUGUAUUCCAACACUCGAGGCUGUGAGAAGAAAAUCAUGGGUUGGCAAUG